CUCUCUCUCUCUCGUCCCCCCUCCCCCCCUUCCCUCCAUUCAGAGGACCCAGCAGAGGCUGAUCUGUGGCUGCUCAACAGCUGCACUGUGAAAAACCCGGCCGAAGAUCACUUCAGAAACUCCAUCAAGAAGGCCCAGGAGCAGGAUAAGAAGGUGGUGGUAGCUGGAUGUGUUCCCCAGGCCCAGCCCAGGAUGGACUACCUUAAAGGACUCAGCAUCAUCGGGGUUCAGCAGAUUGACCGGGUGGUGGAGGUGGUGGACGAGGCUGUGAAAGGUCACUCGGUGCGUCUGCUGGGUCAGAAGAAGGACAAUGGGAAGCGUCUCGGGGGAGCCAGACUGGAUCUGCCCAAGAUUAGAAAGAACCCUCUGAUAGAAAUAAUUUCCAUCAAUACAGGUUGUCUGAAUGCGUGUACGUACUGUAAAACCAAGCAUGCCAGAGGAGACCUGGCCAGCUACCCUAUAGAGGAGCUGGUAGAGAGAGCCAGACAGUCCUUUCAAGAGGGUGUGUGUGAGAUCUGGCUGACCAGUGAGGACACCGGGGCAUACGGCAAGGACAUCGGGACGGACCUGCCCACUCUGCUAUGGAGACUAGUGGAAGAGAUUCCUGAAGGAGCCAUGUUGAGACUGGGCAUGACCAACCCUCCAUACAUCCUGGAGCACCUGGAGCCCCAGCAGUAA